AUAUGAUAAGGUUCCGCCUCCCUCUCUCCCGUCUCUCUCUGCUCCUCAAUAACCAAAGCCAAAAUCUUUUACGAGGACGCUUAUGGUGAGAGAGAUGGCUUACAAUUUCUGCUCUUCUCCGUCCUCUCUCUAUCAACCUCUCUGCAAUUCUGUCUCAUCUUCUAGAGAUAUCAAACCAAGAAACUCCAAAUUUUCUUGUAGACUAACCACUUUUCCACUUCAAUUAAGAACAUCUCUCCAAGUCACUCGUGUCUCUUUACAAGACCGAAUAGCACAAGAAGCUACACAAGAUGCAAAUGUCCAAUACCCUGAUGGAAAAAGGGGAACUUCCUCUUCAAAAUCCUACGUCUGGGUCAAUCCCAACAGCCCCAGAGCGUCACAGCUUAAGAAAAGAUCAUAUGAUACUAGGUAUGCUUCUCUUGUUAAAGUAGCAGAGCUUUUAGAUUCAAGUAACCCAAGUGAAGAAGAUGUCUGUAACAUUUUGAGUGGUUUAGGUGGUAGAAUGAUAGAGCAGGAUGCCGUUGUUAUCAUCAAUAACAUGUCCAACCCAGAAACUGCAUUGCUUGCUCUUAGGUAUUUUGGAGAGAGACUCAAUUUUGAUAAGGAGGUUAUAAUUUAUAAUGUGACUAUGAAGGUUUUUCGGAAGUGCAAGGAUUUGGAUAAAGCAGAGAAGCUAUUUGAAGAAAUGCUCGAGAGAGGGGUUAAGCCUGAUAAUGCUACGUUUUCAACUAUACUUAGCUGUGCUAGGAUGUCUAAUUUGCCUGAUAAAGCUGUGGAAUGGUUCGAGAAAAUGCCGAGUUUUGGGCUUAGUCCUGAUGAUGUUACCUACUCGGCUAUGAUUGAUGCCUAUGGCCGGGCAGGUGAUAUUGAAAAAGCUCUGAGUUUGUAUGACCGUGCUAGAACAGAGAAAUGGCGUAUUGAUGCAGUGACAUUCUCGACUUUGAUUAAAAUUUAUGGGAUGUCGGGAAACUUUGAUGGGUGCUUAAAUGUUUAUGAAGAAAUGAAAGCUGUUGGAGCUAAGCCUAAUAUGGUUACAUAUAACACUUUGUUAGACGCAAUGGGAAGAGCCAAGAGACCUUGGCAGGCAAAGAAAAUAUAUAAAGAAAUGAUUAACAAUGGUUUUACUCCAAGUUUUGGGACAUAUGCAUCACUUUUGCGAGCUUAUGGUAGAGCUCGAUACGGUGAGGAUGCCCUUAUUGUGUAUAGAGAGAUGAAGGAAAAGGGAAUUGAUUUGACUGCGGUUCUUUACAAUACCCUAUUGGCCAUGUGUGCUGAUCUUGGCUAUGUCAAUGAAGCUGUUGAGAUUUUUGAGGAAAUGAAGAGUUCUGGGACAAAUCCUGAUAGUUGGACUUUCUCAUCUUUGAUUACAAUAUUUUCAUGUAGUGCGGAAGUAUCCAAGGCAGAGAACAUGUUGAAUGAGAUGUUGGAAGCUGGUUUUGAGCCUAAUAUAUUUGUUUUGACAUCACUUAUUCAGUGCUAUGGGAAAUCGCAACGUACUGACGAUGUCGUGAGAACAUUUAAUCAGCUCUUAGAAUUAGGCAUAACUCCUGAUGAUCGAUUCUGUGGGUGUCUUCUAAAUGUCAUGACUCAAACACCAAAGGAAGAGCUUAGUAAACUUGCUGAGUGUAUUGAGAAAGCUAAUUCAAAACUUGGUUUUGUGGUAAAACUUCUGAUAGCUGAGAAAGGUUCUGAGGGAAAUUUUAAGAACGAGGCUGCCGAACUUUUUGAUUCUAUUGGCUCAGAUGUAAAGAAGGCUUUCUGCAAUUGCUUAAUUGACCUCUGUGUCAACCUCGAUAUGUUGGAGAGAGCAUGUGAUUUACUAGACCUGGGUCUAAAACUUGAAAUUUAUAAGGAUUUACAGUCCAAGUCAUCAAACCAGUGGUCUCUACAUCUAAAGAGUCUCUCUUUAGGAGCUGCUCUGACAGCAUUACAUGUUUGGAUAAAUGACUUGUCCAAGGCAGUAGAAUCUGGAGAGAAUCUUCCAGCAUUGCUUGGUAUCAAUACUGGGCAUGGAAAACACAAAUAUUCAGACAAAGGUUUGGCUGGUGUGUUCGAAUCACAUUUGAAGGAACUAAAUGCUCCAUUUCACGAAGAUCCUGAUAAAGUUGGCUGGUUCUUAACUACAAAGAUCGCAGCUGAGUCAUGGUUAGAAUCUAGAAAAUCAAAUAUAAGUGUUGCCUAGGUUGAUACGCUCUUGCAGAUUUUGGCAGUUCUAGUGUCCACAAUUGUACGUUUUCCCUAUGUUCCAGUUUUCUCCGUUGGUCUUGUCUCUUGGUAGCGACUAUUGCAUUGUUAUACAUGUUGAAGGGUUACAUAGUUUACAAAGUUUUUGUUAGCCUCUAACAAUUUGUAAGUUAUAAUUUUUUAUAUUAUGAUUUAAAUUUAAAUUUUAAAA